GCGCUACGCUUUCCAAAACCACAGAAGAUUAUCUAUUAUUUAAGGUGCUGUGCUUUUUUUCUUUCUUUUGGGUUGGGGGUAAAAAUCCACUUGCAUUAAGCUCAUCACAUCUAUGAGGAUUCGCGUUGUUUGUCGUAUCCAUAGCAACAGACUACCGCCUCCCGCGUGCAUCAUUAAUCCACAUGUUGUAAACAUAGAACUAAAAAUUAAUACGGAUAGCAGCAGGUUCCCUCCACCAACAAAUCAGUCAUAUAUGAUUUAAUGUGGCAUGGAAUGGGUAGACCCGAGACGAAGCAUGAUAUGUGGAAAAUCGAGAGGAAGUACAGCAGCAGAGUCCUCAUCGGGAACUGGGCUGAAGACAAACUAAAGUUUACAAAGGAGUUUCCCAGAACUGGUGGCAGCAGCACCUACCAGCAUGAUUACCGUCCACGGAGGGACCACACACCCGAUGUCCUUGUCAGAGGAGACGCUCUGCGCAGAGCUGAGGGCGUCCCUACAAAGCUGCUUCUAUCCCACCACGGCACUCCACAUUCCCACUGCCUCGUCAGCCUGUACGACGAGAUGUACGGCCGCAAGCCCAGCUCUACCCUGAGGUCAUGGCACCCCGACAAGCUGGCCUGGGUGCCCGAGAGGUCGGACCAUCCUGUUCAAAGCCCACCAACGAACUUUGGUCUGGCUGAGUCGUGGCGAGCCAGGUGGGGGCCGCGGCGGGAUGCUCUGCCUGCUGUCUCCUGCCCCUCCCCCUCUGCCUUUGUCCAGACCCGCUCCAUCCGCUCAUCUUCCGCUCCUGCUGGUCCCGCGAGUGAUGCGGCACGGGGCCGACGAUGGCCUUCAAGCAGCUGCACAGUCAACGACACCACAAGCCGCCUGCCUGUUCUAGCUCAAAUGUAGGCACUUAGCUGUGGCCACAUUCCCUGCUGGUGAACCAGCUCCCGGCCCGACCCUGUGAGCUAGAUCCUAUUCAUGAAGUUAUAUGUGGCAGUAAAUUAUAUGAAAAUAAAACAAAAAUAAAGUUGGGUAUUAAA